GUCCGUCGCGCCGCCCAGUGUUGGCCACCCACUCUUCUUGAACCGGCGGCGGCGGGUGAGGGUUUCUCCGCCAUUUGCCGUGUCCUCCUCGCCCUCGUCGAUUUUUCUUUGGAAAAAGGGUGCCCCGCAUGUAGACAGCGAAACCUCUGCUACUUUUUAGAGCCCGCGCGCGUGGGCGGUUUCUUCCAUUCUGUCGCAUGGUAUCGGAGGACAUUGCAGAAGGGAAAGGAGGGAAACGAGAGAGAGAGACGCCAUACGUUGCCGUGCCGGGGGAGGAGAGCGCGGGCAGGAGCCCAAAGCGGGGGUUCUGUUGCGGAUAGCUUCGUGGAAGGAGGAAAUGCCUGCGCCAUCCGCACCCAUUCGUCUGGGAGUUCCAACUCCCUAUAUAACAUCUCAUGGAUUCAAAGUUGCACGGCUACACAUGUAUGACUGGAUUGUGCUAGUUCUUCUAGCUGUAUUAGAUGGAGUUUUAAAUAUAAUAGAACCAUUCCAUCGAUUUGUCGGAUCAAAUAUGAUGACAGAUCUCAGAUACCCCAUGAAGGACAACACAGUGCCAUUUUGGGCUGUGCCGAUAAUUGGUAUCAUUGGACCUAUGAUUAUCAUAACUGGGAUAUACUUUAAGAGGAGGAAUGUAUAUGAUCUCCAUCAUGCCAUACUCGGACUCCUAUUUUCAGUACUUAUCACUGCCGUCUUAACUGAUGCGAUUAAGGAUGGUGUUGGUCGGCCACGUCCAGAUUUCUUCUGGCGCUGCUUCCCUGAUGGAGUACCUGCGUAUGACAACUUCACUACAGGCGUAAUAUGCCAUGGCAAGGCGAGUGUUAUCAAAGAAGGUCAUAAGAGCUUCCCAAGUGGUCAUACUUCAUGGUCUUUUGCUGGGCUUGGUUUCCUUUCAUGGUAUCUGGCUGGUAAAAUCAAAAUUUUUGAUCGAAGAGGGCAUGUUGCAAAACUCUGCAUUGUCCUUUCCCCUCUGCUUCUUGCAGCCUUAGUGGCAGUUUCUCGAGUUGAUGACUAUUGGCAUCAUUGGCAAGAUGUAUGUACCGGUGGAUUGCUUGGAUUUUCGGUUGCUUCCAUUUGCUACAUGCAGUUUUUUCCACUACCAUCUGACGAAAAUGGAUUAUGGCCUCACGCAUAUUUCCGGCACAUUCUUGAACCGGAGUGUGAGAACCAUGUACAACACACGUCCACAGAUGGCCGGAACUCACUUCCAAACGUCUCAUUUCAAGGUCCCGAUGCAGUGGAAAUGAGGACCACGAGCCAAGCAUUAGAUUCCAUGGAAGCUGGCCGGAGAGAGCAAUGAUGGAAUCUAACAUUAGCUGGAACCUUUGUUUAUAAUAAUAGCAGUGCUUGAUUACAUAAUUAGUAUAGCAUGAUUUUGGUCAAUAUUCAUCAUGUAAGUUCCAUACCAGAGUAUACAAAGCACAUGUCUCUCGUGAGGAUUAGAGACGGUAUAUGCUUCUGUUGAGUCAAUACAAAGUCACGUCGGAACAGAUAUGUGCUGCGAUGCCGGUGUGCCAUGGGGCACAAAGAAGCACGAGCUUAACAUGUAUUGCUUGAAUUCUAAAA